AUGGUCAAGCUUCUUUCCAUCCUACUUGGUCUAGCCUGCUCGUGCUGCUGCUGCUUUCACGGCCCUGUUUUAGCGGAAGAGCUUUGCUCCAUUGUGCCGGCCUCGUACGCGGGUGCUAAGACCACUUACCCGCACCUUGCGACUGCAAUCGAGACGAUCGAGCAGUACUCGAUCACUGCAUGGUACACGGACCGCCUCACACCUACGGAGCAAUCGACCAUGCUGGCUAGCCUCAUGAGCAAGUGCUCGGAAGACUCCCGCAUGACUAUCGCCGUCUACGGCAUUCCCAACAAGGACUGCAACGCCGGUCUUUCGUCAUCUGGUUCCGUCAAAAGCACAAGCGACUACCAGUCGUUCCUCACCGGCCUGACCGCAGCGGUAGGCAACCGCAAGGUGCUCUACAUCGUUGAGCCAGACGCAGUGGGUCUCCUCGCCGAAGAAGGUGGCUGUGGCAAGUCAGCCGGCUACCUCGAAAACCUCAAGAUUGCCAUAGCCGCUCUGUCUGCGAACGCCAAUGCUCAGCUGUAUCUGGAUGUCGGCUACUGGCUCCUAGCGGACACUACAAAGGCAACGGGGGUAGCGACUGUCGUCAAGGAGCUAAGUGCUUCGGGCGGUGUGAAGGGCAUCACAAUUAACACGUCCAACUACCGCCCGACGGACGAGUGUACAGCCUACUGUACGAAUUUCCAGACGGCCAUGGGGUCCACCGACAUGUCGUGCAUCAUUGACACGUCCCGCAACUACAACAAACUCGCUACACCCGACUGGUGCAAUGUCAAGUCUGCUGGCAUUGGCAAGCCGCCGACAUCGGAGACAGGCAUCCCGAACGUCGACUACUUCAUGUGGGUCAAGCCCCCUGGAGAGAGCGACGGAGUCUGCACUGACACCGCGCACUCAGGUGAAUCGUUGAGUGGCGUGACGGCCGGUGCCUUCUACUUGGACGCUUUCCAGGCACUCUGGGACCAAGGGUAUUUCGUCAGCGAGCAGAGUAUGGCUACGAUUUCGACGAGCAGUGGCAACAGCACCGGCCAGACGAAAACCAGCGGGCAGCACAAUGUGAGUGGCAACAAGACGGACACGCAGAUCGGUGGUCAAACUGGCGGAACGCUCGAGGGAAGUGCGGAUCAAUCCGAUUCGGUCGGCCAAGAGUACAAUAGCACUACACAGUCGGCUGCUGGGACUGCCGUUCCAGUGUACACCAUGUCGUCUAUAGACUCUUCGAGCUUUCCCACAGUCGUUGCGUCUACCGCGUCAACGACGAACCCGACGGGCAAUACCACAGCUCCUACCGUCAAUGCCGCUGUCAGCUCUACAACGCCGAGUCUCUCGACAACGCCGCCGCCGCCACCAACUACCACUACACCCGGCGGCCCACAAGUCAGUGUGGCAUGCAAAGCCAAGAAACACCUGAACAAACUGUAG